AUGGGAAUCUCAUGUUCAAAUUGCUAAAAUAUCUUAAGAGGAAUAGAGUAUAAAUAUUCAUUAAACUAGCCAUCAAUAAUAUGGGCAUUAAAAUGACAAUAAUCAAAAGUUAGAUACAGAAUAAGUAUUUGAUUGUGAAGUAUGGAACUUUUACAACCUUAGAUGGUUUAAGAAAAUUGUCUAAAUAGUAACAAUAACGAAUGAAAAUGAAAGAAAGUAUUUCUUCGAUGGUUAACUCUUAAGAAUGUAAAUAAUUUUAUAUUAAUAAAUAGAGAAUCAAGUAAAAAUUAAUCUGUGGGAUUUUAAAAUUUUACUAAUUUAGAAUAGCUAAAUCAUCUUAACUGGUCUGGAAGAUAUGGGUAAUUGAAUUAAAAGGUAGGAAAAUGGAUUACUACAUGGAAAGGUGAAAUUUUAAGGGAUGCUGGUGGAUGGUACUCUGAUGAUGAAAAAAAAUAAGGUUUGUGGAUUGAACUUACAAAAAAUUAUAGAAAGUAUAUUAUCAUUCAAUUAUUUAUAAGUUAAGCUUAAGUAUAUGAAUCUGGAUAUUAUCUAGAUGAUUAAAGAUAUGGAAUGUGGAAGUAUAUAUAUGAUGAUUAAUUAAUGUAUUGACCAAAUUAUUUAUAAUUUAGUGAUGCUGGACGUUACAACUUUUAAGGUCAAAAGAAUGGAAAAUGGACAUAACUAAGUGAUAGAUUUUGCUAUUAUUCUAAAAUCAAAUAUAAUGGUGAAUAUAAAAAUGGAAAAAAGGUUGGUUUAUGGAAUAUUUGGUAUUAAGAUGAAUAUAGAUAUAAUAAUAAAUUGAUGUAUUUUAUUAAGAUUAAAACUAUUUAAGUGGUGGUGGGUCAUAUAAUGGAGAUGGUAAUAAAAUUGGAAAAUGGAUUGAGUAGAGUGAUGGAUUUUAAGGAUUCUCAUAAAUCACUUAUAUUGGAGACUAUAGAAACGAUAAGAAAAUUGGUAGAUGGGAUAUUUGGUUUAAGUAGGGAGAUGGUUAGAUACAUGAUAUAAUGUAAUAUAUUACAAUUAAAUUUUUAAGUGGUGGAGGAUCAUAUGAUGAAGAUGGUAAUAAAAUUGGAAAAUGGGUUUAAUUGAGCGAAGGAUUUUAAGAACACUCAUAAAUCACUUAUAUUGGAGAAUAUAGAAAAGGUAAGAAAAUUGGUAGAUGGGAUAUAUUUGAAUUAGGAGAAAUGAUGUAACAAAUAUUCAUAAUUGCAUUUUUAGUGGUGGUGGAUCAUAUGAUGAAUUAGAUUCUAUUAAGAUUGGGAAAUGGAUAGAGCUGAGCGAUUUCUUUGGUAUUAGAUGGUAAACUACUUAUAAUGGAGAAUAUAAAAAAGGAAAAAAAAUUAAUAGAUGGGAUAUAGAAAAAAGGGAUGAAAAAGGAAAGCCCUUUUAUAAUAUGUAAAAAUAUUAAAAAGCAUAAAUUAUUUAGUGGUGGUGGAUCAUAUGAUUCAGAACAAGGUUCAAUAAAAAUUGGGAAAUGGUUUGAGUUUAAUGAUGAUUAUCAUUUAAAUUAAUACAUGACUACAAAUGGUGAAUAUAAAAAUGGUUAUAAAAUUGGAAGAUGGGAAACUUUGUGGACAACAGCAUUCAAUAUAAUAAAUAAAUUGAUGUAAAUAAAUAAUUCGAAUUUAGUGCUUGUGGAUCUUAUGAUGAGAUUAGUUCUAAUAAGAUUGGGAAAUGGAUUGAGAUUAGCGAUAAUUUUUGUUCUAAUUCAUAAGUCACUUAUAUUGGAGAAUAUAAAAAUGGUAUCAAAGUUGGUAGAUGGGAUACUUAUUUUUUAAAGCAUUUUGGAGAUAGAAAGAAUGAAUUAAUGUAUAUUUUAAAUGAUAAAUUUAGUGGUGGAGGAUCAUAUGAUGAAGAACAUGGAUUAAUAAAAAUUGGAAAAUGGAUUGAUUUGGGUCAUUUGUUUAAUAGUGAUUCUUAAGUCACAUAUAUUGGCGAAUAUAGAAGUGGUAAAAGAGUUGGCAAAUGGGAGAUUUGGUUUGAGCAGAUUUAUGGAGAUAACAAAUUGUAAUAAGUGUAAUAUCAAAUAAUAAUUUUAGUGGUGGUGGAUCAUAUGAUGAAGAAUAAGGAUGUAUUAAAGUUGGAAGAUGGAUUGAGUUAAGUGAUAAUUUUGAUGAAUAUUCAUAAAUAACCUUUAAGGGUGAGUAUAAAAAUGGUAGAAAAAUUGGUAGAUGGGAUAUUUGGUAUAAAAAGUAUUAUGGAGAAAAAACUAUUGGAUUAGUGUAAAUAUGAAAUAAAAAAUAUAGGGGUGGAGGAUAAUAUAAUGAAUAAUAAGGUUUAAUUAAGUGUGGAUGUUGGAUUGAUGUAUGCGAUAGUUUUGCAGGUAGCUAAUAAUGCACUUUAACUGGCUAAUAUAAAAAUAGUAGAAAGGUUGGAAUUUGGUAAAUAAAUUGCAAGAUCUAUGAUGAAGGUUAUGAUAUUAAUAGAUGGGUUAUUUUUGAAUAAUGA